GUCUCCAGCUGGAUUGGCCCUCUGUUCCUCCCCGCACCUGCACUUUUGUUCCGGUCCUUCAGCGCCCUGGCUGGAGGUGCAGAGCCCGUUGUGGGCCCUUCCAAGGAGGUUUCUGUGGAGCUGGCCGAGGAGGAGGAGGACGGGACUUUGCAAAGCACCGGUGUCUUUCAGUCGGUUCUUCUCGUGGAUUUCACCGAAGAGGUUUGCGCCUACGUGGGCCGUUACGAUCCGGUGACCUCCCCUGUGGAGGCCGUGCAUUUCCAGACCGGGGCUCCGCACCUACAGCUGCACUUUCCUUCUGUGUUGCAAGCCGCUCGGGCGUGGGUGCUGGAAGAAGAAGGAGAGAGGCUGGCCUUUUAUUCAGCCAACGAGGGAGGCGACCAUGCUCCGGAGGCUCUUCAGGAGGAUGCUGCUCCAAAACGGAGGGCUGCAGCCCCGCGGCCCAAGCGGCACACCAACGCCCAGUUGGCCGAUCAGAUCAGCAGCCUGGUCGGCAUGCUCCCUGCUUUGACCCAGCAGGUUCAGGACCUAGCCUCCCGCCAAAGAGCUUUGGAGGCAAAGGCGGCCCAGGUUCCCUCGGCGGCACCUCCCUCGGCAAGUCCAGCGCUUCCUGCUCAUCGCCGCCCUUUUCCUUCACUGGUGCAAGCCCCUUUCCUUCGUGCUCCGCCUCCUGCCUUUCCACCGGAGCAGGCCGAAGAGGAACUGGAUCAGGCAGAGAGCUCCGAUGGGGGCAUGGGAGCUUCCGGUGUCAUAGGGCUUGGUUCUCGGGGAGCCGCCAAGCGGGAGAAGCUGCAGGAGCAGCUGGCCCUCCGAACGGGAGGUUUCCUUUUGGCUGUGAGCCAGCAAGCUUUGAGGCGUCUCGUUCCUUCAGAGCCGCUACCAGCCACCAGGGACGAGCUCGCCUUGCGCCGGUCCGUGUUCACUUCGUACGCCGAGCGCUUCGGAGGCUUUGGGUCGCAAAGGGGUUUGGGAGUGAUUUUCUGGCUCCUCGCCAAUAUCCUGGAUGCCAUGAUAUCAGGCGAUGCCACAGGAGCGGAGGAGAUGGCAGCCCUCGCUAUCAUUGCCGUCGAGCAGGCUUCUCAAGACUCAGGGUCUUGGGACCUGGCAUACCUGCUAACCUUGAUGGAGGACCCACCUCACCAGCUUUUUCAGCAUCGCCCUCAGUCUCAAAACCCGAGGCUCCGGGCUUUCGGGGGCCUGACUCCCCAGCCGUGGGCCACCACCACUUUGUCUUUUGUCAAGGAGAUAGAUGCCAUCCAAAGCCGGCGCAACGAGACUAUGAGUGCCCCGAAGUCAAGGACACUUCGCCUGCCUAGGUCCUCCUGGGCUGUUUCCCGGGCGAACAGUUACAAUACCAAGGGGCCCCCUUUGAAGCCGUUCCGGGCCCGUGCCCCUUUGAAGAGCCAGUUCGACUGGCAAUGCCCCGUCUUCCCCGCCGCCCUGACAAGCCAGCGCGUCCUGCUCACGCUCUUUUCCCUCUGCCGGUCCCGUGUCGCUUUCAGGCGUGUUGCUCACGUUGCCGUCAUGGCUUGCAACUUCCUUUUCGCGGGGGCUUGCCCAUGCCCAUUGCGUUUGCUUACUCACCGGCCAAACAAAGCUCAGGCUGCUGCCAUAGGCUACGUCUUUAAGCUUUGUAGGGCGUGCGGUGCCGUGGAACCAUUUCUUGUGGCUUCUGCUGGGCGCCGAAACCUUUCCCUAGCCACUGGCCUUGCCGAGCUCUGCGAGCACCUUACCUUUGUGGGCCCCUCUUCUGAUCCCUACGGCCCCCAGUUCCAUGGUGUAGCUCCUGAGGCCGCUGAUCCUGGCAAGUGUUCUUUCGUUGCUCCGGGGCCCUCCCCUUGCACUGGCGAAGGCUACGAGAUUACAGGGAGGGGCCAGUGGGACCCCUCUCCUUUCCUUGCUCCGGACCCGGACUUGCAAAUUGCUUUCCUCGAGCCGGAUAUCUUGCUGCACAGUGCCUCUCCACCUGCCGAUGCCGUGCCUGAUCUCAGCCGAGAGCGCCCCCGUGAAGUGGGCGACCUCGCCCUGCGCUGGUCCGAGCUUGGGCUUCUUGGCCUCAAGGACUCCUAUCAGGACCAGGUCUCCCCUCAUGACUCAGUCCGCGUCUUUAACUGCUUUAAGACGCCCGAGUGCGAUCGCAUGAUCGGGGACAGGCGGUCGAGGAACUUUCGUGAGCGGGCCCUCCGGGGGCCCUCGGUGUCUUUGCCAUGCGGCCCAGUGUUCCUGUCGGUCUACCUGAACCCUCGCAGCACCACCCUCCGCAUCGCAAUCACUGAUCGCAAGGACUUCUAUCAUCAGAUAGCAGCUGGGCCCCGCAAGGCCAGCCACAAUUCGUUGUAUCCCCCCUUGCGGGAGGAGCUCUUCCUUGGAACCGCCGCGCUGUCUGAACUUCACAAGAGGAGAGCUUCCUCGAGCCGCCGCUCUGUUUUGGUUGAGCCCGCCGGCGAGGGAAAGGUCAUCGCCUGCUUCAAGGCUGUGCUGCAGGGGGACCACCUCGGCGUUGAGGAGGCGCCCGAGACCCCGCCCGAGGAAUCUCAGGCCGUGAGGGCCCUUGAGCGGGCCACCCUCGCUUAUCAAGAUGCUAAGCUUCUGGGGUCGACUGAGAAGGAUGUCAAGGGUGAGGAGAAGGCCAAGGUUGCAGGAGCCGAAUUGGAUGCUUCGGCUAGUGCCCGCCAGGCUGGGCUGGUCACGGCAGGUGCGCCCUGCAGCAAGAGGCUCUCUCUUGCCUCGAUUUCCCUGAGCCUCGCUUCCCUGCCCUCGACAACGGACGUGCUGCACAGUUGCCUUCUUGGGGGCUGGGUAUCGGCUUUUCUUUACCGGCGCCCGCUGAUGGCUGUGUUCUCUCAUGCCUUUGCCCUUGUCGAUGCUGUGCUCCACCGGGCUGACCCUCUCUUUGAAGAACUCCCUCUUGAGGUCUUUUUCUUGUGGCUCCUCCACAUGCUGGAGACCGGGGGUGUCGAUGCUGUGGCGGCUCGUUUUGGGGCCCUUUGCCUUCUUGAGCAAACAGGCUCGAGCCUCAUGAGGCGCCUCGUCACUUCUGUUUCCUUGCUCACCGGCUUGCUGCAAAAGGCCAUUGCCAAGACUUUCUCUCGGGGCCUACAGAGGAAGCUCCAGGCAAAGCGCACCUUCGAGCUCGAACCCUAUGGUCUGGAGAGCUUGUUGGUUAAUGAUGCCGCGUCUUCCUUGAGCUGGGCCCUCACCUCGGCUUGGAAAUGGGACCACGAGUCCCACAUAAAUUGCUUGGAGUCCUCGGCUUUCCUUCGGCUCUGCUACCAUAAGGCAAGGCAGGCACGGCCCUCAAGGUUUGCCUCCCUCAUCGACUCGAAUGUCGCGAGAUGCGCUAUCAGCAAGGGUCGUUCCCCCUCGAAGGCAUUGAUGAAGGUUCUCAGGCGCAUCUCCGCGGUGUCUCUGGCAUGUGGACUUUAUAGUGCCUUGCCUUUCUGCCCCACCCGUUUGAUGCCUGCCGAUGCCCCUUCACGGGAUGCUCCUCUUCUUCCUCCUCGGCCUGGGCCCAACCUUCUCUCUUCGUAUCCCAUCGACCCCCUUGCUGCGCUACCUCGCCUGCGCCGGUGGGCUGCCAACUGGGCGCGCCUCUGCCUCCUUGUGGUACCAUGGAUUUUCCCUUCGCCUGAUGACCGGGAUGCCCGCUUACCUUCCCUGACCUACGUUCCUCCUCCCUUCGACUUCGCCAUCACCCAGAAGAACCGAGACAAGCUUUGGGAAAGCUUCAGGGCCUGGUCAGAAGAGCAGGGGGUCCCGGAUGACUUGUUUUCUGAGGCCUCCCUGCCAGACAUCGACAGCAUCAACGCCGUGUUGGCUAGAUAUGGCAGGAUGCUUUAUAAAGCGGGGAGGCCCUACAACCACUAUUCCGAGACAGUGAACGCCCUGGCCUCAAAGUUCCCCCGCCUUCGACGACUGCUGCAACCGGCUUGGGAUGUUGCCUUUCAGUGGCAGCGUUUGGAGCCGCAUGUGCACCACCAGGCCAUGCCUUGGCAGAUUUUAGCUGCUGUUCUUGCCGCUGCUCUUUGCUGGGGCUGGCCCGAAGUUGCUGGCAUAGUCGCUCUUUCCUGGGGUGGCCUAGCCAGGAUUGGCGAGAUCUUUGCGGCUUACAGAAGAGAUUUAGUUCUGCCUGCCGACGUCGGGGAGGAGCAGGAGAACGUCCUCCUCUCCAUUCGCGAGCCCAAGACCCGAAAUACAGCAGCCCGUCACCAAGCCCUCAAGGUUGAUCAACCACAGCUUGUCCAGACCAUUAUCCUGGCUUUCAGUAACUUGACCAAGGAUCAGCGCCUGUGGCCCUGGUCCCCGGCCACCUUCAG